AUGCGGUCACACACACAGAAUCCCAGGCCUUCUGACUCGCCGGGCGGGAAGAUGUCAUCGUUGCCAAGAAGAGCAAAAGCAAAGGUCCAGACUGCGGUAUCCAAAGAUGAAUUCUCUUCCUUGUCUGAAUUAUCGUCUGCUUCUGAAGAAGAUGACAAGGAAGAUAGUGUGUGGGAGCCCCAAAAGAAAGUCGUCAGAAGUCGCAAGCAGCCUGUUCCCAAAGAAUCCAAACCAAAGAGGGUGCCACGGGUAAAGAAGACCACCCUACAGAUCUGCGAUGACUCAGAAGGCGUGGCUGUUAAGGAGGAGCUGAAUAACUCUGUGGCUAUUGCUGAUGUUGAUUUGGAAGACAGAAAAAAUAAAUUGGAUAGCACGAAGACUCUGAAAACAGCAAAGACAAAACGGAAGAAUUCAGCUCAGUCAUCUUUGGGUCAGAGGACCAAAAAGCUGAAAGUUGAUGAAGAAACCGACAUGGCCAACAGUACAGAGAUGCCAUCCACGAGCACAGUGUGGGAAAGUGUGUGUAAGAAGGAAGAGAAUGAAGAUGACUUUACAUUUGGUCAGUCCCCUUUAAAGAAAGUGAAGACCGAAGCAUGUCCUCAGGGGCAGCCUGUGAGGUUUCCAGCAAAUACCAACAGCAUUAAAGAGGAGGUGGAAAUGAACUGGGACAUAGUACAGGUUUUAUCUGAGAGAACUAAUAUUGAACUUUGGGUUUGUGCCAACAUUAUUCGUCUCUUUAAUGAUGAUAACACAAUUCCCUUCAUUAUACGGUAUCGAAAAGAGCUUAUUAAUAACCUCGAUGCUGAUUCCUUGAGAGAAGUUCGACAAACCUUGGAGGAGCUCCGGGCUGUUGCAAAGAAGGUUCAUAGUACAAUCCAAAAAAUUAAGAAGGAGGGGAAGAUGUCUGAGUGCUUGUUAAAAGCCUUGCUGAACUGUAAAACUUUUGAAGAACUAGAACAUGUGUCCGCUCCAUAUAAAACUGGGAGCAAAGGCACAAAAGCCCAAAGAGCUAAGCAGUUGGGAUUAGAAGCAGCAGCCAAGACAUUGCUUGAGAAUCCAGGGGAGCUCAAUCUGCUAUCUUACAUUAGACCCAAUGUGAAAGGACUUUCAGCACUCCAGGAUAUUGAAACAGGAGUGCAGCAUAUUUUAGCAGACAUGAUUGCUAAAGACAAAGACACGCUUGACUUCAUUCGGAAAUUGUGCCAAAAUAGGUAUAUUUGUAUCCAAUCAUCUCUGGCAAAGGUGUCCUCAAAAAAAGUAAAUGAGAAGGAUGUUGAUAAGUUUCUGCUGUACCAGAAUUUUUCAUGCAACAUAAGAAACAUCCAGCAUCAUCAGAUUCUGGCAAUUAACCGUGGAGAAAAUUUGAAGAUACUGACUGUCAAAGUCAACAUUUCUGAUGGAAUAAAGAAUGAAUUCUGCAGGUGGUGCAUCCAAAACAGGUGGAGACCACGUGGCUUUGCAAGGCCAGAGUUAAUGAAGAUCUUACACAAUUCACUCGAUGAUUCUUUCAGACGCCUUAUUUAUCCUCUCCUCUGUAGAGAGUUCAGAGCCAAACUAACAUCAGAUGCAGAGAAGGAAUCAGUAAUGAUGUUUGGACGGAACCUUCGUCAGCUGCUUUUAACAAGCCCUGUUCCAGGGCGCACCUUGAUGGGAGUGGAUCCUGGUUACAAACAUGGUUGCAAAUUGGCUAUAAUUUCUCCUACCAGUCAGAUACUUCAUACCGAUGUGGUUUACUUGCAUUGUGGACAAGGCUUCCGAGAGGCAGAGAAAAUAAAGAGGCUUUUGCUGAAUUUCAACUGCAGCACAGUGGUGAUUGGAAAUGGAACUGCCUGCCGGGAAACAGAAGCUUACUUUGCUGACCUGAUAAUGAAAAAUUACUUUGCACCACUGGAUGUUGUUUACUGUAUCGUCAGUGAAGCAGGGGCGUCAAUCUACAGUGUCAGCCCUGAAGCUAACAAAGAGAUGCCAGGGCUGGACCCUAAUUUGAGAAGUGCAGUUUCCAUAGCAAGGCGUGUACAAGACCCAUUAGCUGAGCUGGUGAAAAUCGAGCCGAAGCACAUUGGAGUUGGAAUGUACCAGCACGAUGUAUCUCAGACUUUACUCAAGGCAACACUGGACAGUGUUGUAGAAGAAUGUGUCAGCUUUGUGGGAGUGGAUAUUAACAUCUGUUCAGAAGUUUUGUUAAGGCACAUUGCAGGACUCAAUGCCAACCGAGCCAAAAAUAUUAUUGAAUGGCGAGAGAAAAAUGGGCCCUUCGUCAAUCGAGAACAGCUGAAGAAAGUGAAAGGUCUGGGUCCAAAAUCUUUCCAACAGUGUGCUGGCUUCAUCAGAAUCAACCAGGAUUAUAUUCGAACAUUUUGCAGUGCAACUCACGUUGCUGCCCCUUUGACGUGGCUGCUGAGACAGCAGAUGUGGUUUUUGUCAUUCAUCAAAGGGACACUGCAUGAUAUUGGAAAGCCUGAAAUGGAACAAAAAAUAAAUUCAUUCCUUGAAAAGGAAGGAAUAGAGAAAAUUGCAGAAAGUGUGCAAACAACAGUUCACACUUUACAAGUCAUCAUAGAUGGUCUCAGCCAGCCUGAAAGCUUUGACUUUCGAACAGAUUUUGAUAAACCUGAUUUCAAGAGAAGCAUAGUCUGCUUGGAAGACCUGCAGGUUGGGACAGUUCUCACAGGCAAAGUCGAGAAUGCUACUCUGUUUGGAAUUUUUGUAGAUAUAGGAGUGGGGAGAUCAGGGCUGAUUCCCAUACGAAAUGUAACAGAAGCAAAACUUUCUAAAACAAAGAAGAGAAGGAGUCUUGGACUGGGCCCUGGAGAAAGAGUGGAAGUCCAAGUACUCAACAUUGACAUCCCCCGAUCGAGGAUUACUCUGGACCUCAUUCGGGUGUUGUGAGUGUCGCACUAAAGCUCAAACACUGAUUUUAUUUUCUCAUUUCUAGAGACGGGCAAGAAUAAGUCAGGUGUUUGUGACUUCUAGGUAGCAGAUGAGAAAGGAUUCACUCAAUAUCAGAAGUAUAUUUCAAACACUUUCCUUACUUUUCCUUCUGAACAAGUAGGAAACUAACAGCUCAAUUUCUUUUCCCCUUAAAGAAAAUAACUAAUAGACAUCCUCAUGUGGUUUUAUUUAGUAAUGAUUUUCUGACCCAAAUUUUAUUUUUUGUACUUCAUCUUUGACUCCUUUUGCAUUUUGUAUAACAGAUUGUCGUUUCAUUUCUACUUGCCAGCUUGCCUUGCUGGACUUGUAUGGAAUUCUUUUCUUGAUUUGAAUUGUACAAUGUUUCUUGAUGUAGGGCAGGCAGUGGUUAGCCCUCCUGUUUUACAGAUUUUUUUAAUCAGGACUUUUGGACUUGAUUCAUGAUUUUCUCUUGACAAGCAAAUAAAAAAGAUGCCAAUUAGAUAGGUCCUGAUGUGUUUGUAACCAUCAAGUGAAUGGCGCAGAACAUUUCCAAGAAGUAUAUAUGUGUUGAUCCCUACAAUAAAGUUCUGUGGAUAGUGACCUUGUUUUUGUUAUGUUGAUUCAGUGAAUGACCUAGGAGUCCUUCUUGAUUAAAGAUGUGCACAUAUUCAUGCAAAUUUCAUCUAAGCCAACUGUGCC